GCUCUAGCUGUUCCCCAUCUGCCAUUGGGAGCUGGAGGAUUGGGCAGGCAGUGUGGUUUUACAGUACCUAGAAGCAGAUUUUCAGUCUGGAAUCUGAGAACACACAAGCCUUGCCUCUCUCUCUGAAAACCUAAACUCCACAGAUGUUGCAUGGCAGGGCAUGCCUACUGCCUGUCUGUCUGUCGUAGUGGUGAGAUAGUGCAGGGGUAUGAAACAAGAGUCUCGCUGUUGAAAAGAAACCAUGCAGACUGUCUCUGAGUGCCUCUGAGAACCUGAGACACACUGGAAGACAGAGUGUAAUGUAGUUCGGCACAGGAUCUGUGGAUUUGAACACUGCUGGUCUGAAACUGUUCUUGGGAAAAGCUUGGAGUUCAUAAAAUUUAGCCGAGCUGCUUCAGAGAGCUAAGUGAUUUGAUGAGUUUGACUGCAAGAUGCGUACAGACACUAUUCCAUUUCCUUCAAGGGCGAUGGAGGAGUUAGUGGUGGAGCUGCGCCUCUUCCUGGAGCUCCUCGACCGUGAGUACCUGAGUGCCAUCGUGAGAGAGAAGAAGGCUCUAAUCACAAACAUUCUUAACAGGAUACAGGCAACAAAAGAACCCUUACACAAGACUGAGAUGCAUAGUGGCCUGCCAGCUCCACCUCAGAUGCCCCUGCCAGAAAUCCCUCACCAGUGGCUGCCUCCUGAUAAUGGCCCCCCACCAUUACCCAGCUCCUCCCUCCCUGAGGGGUAUUAUGAAGAGGCUGUACCACUUAGCCCUGGAAAGGCUCCAGAAUACAUCACCUCUCAUUAUGACUCUGAUGCAAUGAGUAGCUCAUACGAGUCUUAUGACGAGGAAGAGGAGGAUGGUAAAGGAAAGAAGAUGAGGCACCAAUGGCCCUCUGAGGAGGCAUCCAUGGACCUGGUCAAAGACGCCCGCAUCUGUGCCUUCCUGCUCCGCAAGAAGCGCUUUGGACAGUGGACCAAGCUGCUGUGCGUCAUUAAAGACAACAAACUAAUGUGUUAUAAAAGCUCCAAAGACCAGAAUCCCCAGAUGGAGCUUGUUCUGACUGGAUGCAGCAUCACCCACAUCCCCAAGGAUGGGAAAAAGAAGAAGCAUGAGCUGAAGAUCACACACCAAGGAGCAGACGCACUAGUGCUGGCUGUGCAGAGCAAGGAGCAGGCAGAGGAAUGGUUAAAGGUGAUUAAAGACGUUUGCUGCAGUUGCAAUGCAACAGUUGAUUCAGAUGGGGCUGCCUCCAGUUCUCCAUUAUACAAGACAGAGCAAGAAAAGAAAUUGUCAUGUGACCGGCCAUGUUCGGAUGGAGAGUGGAAUCUAGAGAACGGAGUUGCUGAUGUGAAAGAGCAGGGGAAAGGAAAGAAAAACUCAAAGAAUGAGCAGAAGGGCACUGUGAGCAAAGUGGCGGGAAAGAAGAUUACAAAGAUCAUUAGUUUGGGAAAGAAGAAACCAUCGACUGAUGAGCAGACCUCUUCAGCAGAGGAAGAUGUUCCCACUUGUGGAUAUCUGAACGUGCUGUCCAACAACCGCUGGCGGGAGCGCUGGUGCCGAGUGAAAGACAACCAGCUGAUUCUGCACAAGGACCGGACGGACCUGAAAACGCACAUGGCCUCCAUCCCGCUGCGGGGCUGUGAGGUCAUCCCAGGCCUGGAUUCCAAACACCCCUUAGCAUUCCGGCUGCUGCGCAACGCACAGGAAGUGGCCGUGCUCGAGGCCUCUUCCUCUGAGGGGAUGGGCAGGUGGCUUGGAGUCCUGCUGGCAGAGAGCGGCUCUUCCACAGACCCUGCAGCUCUGCAUUAUGAUUACAUUGAUGUGGAGACGACUGCUAAUGUGGUACAGUUGGCAAAGCAGUCCUUCUGCUUUACAAACAGGCGUGCUGUGUCUCCUAACCCCUAUUUGGAUAACCCCACCAAUGGCUAUUCCUGCCCUUCUGGGGUGGCCCUGCAUUAUGAUGACGUCCCAUGUAUAAAUGGAUCGGAACCAGGAGACAAAAUGUAUUCGACUCCAGCUAGCAGAAACUGGAGGGAUGAGGGGCUGUAUGAGAACGCUGGCCUGUAUGAAAAUUCCCCUUCUCCAACGCUUGCUGCCUGCUACUCACCUAAGCUUUCUAGGGCUUCUUCAUCUAAACAACCACCUGCUAACCAGUACAAAACUCCUGCCCCCUCCAAACUUUCCUCUUCUCUGCCUGUCACUAACACCUCUGCUGGGGGGCGGGGAUCAGCUGGGCCAGCCUCACAGCUCAAAGGAAAGAAAAUACCUGUGACCAACGGAGUGGUGCCCAAGCAGAAAGUGGACAGAGCCCAGCAGAAGAAGCCAAAUGGAAACGCUUUGAUUAAACGCAACAAUUCCAAUGCAGAUCAGUACAAGUAUGGUAAAAACCGUGUAGAAGCCGAUGCCAAGAGACUGCAGGCCAAGGUAGAUGAGCUUCUGAAAAAGAAGCAGGAUCUCCGCAACCGGCUGGCACAGCUGAGGAAGGAGAGAAAGGACCUCCGGGCUGCGAUAGAAGCCAAUACAGGCAAGAAAUCCCAGACUGUUCUUGAGGACAAGCUGAAGAGACUGGAAGACGAGUGUAAGCGGAAAGAGACGGAACGCGUCAAUCUGGAGUUGGAGGUGACGGAGGUCAAAGAGAGCCUGAAGAAAGCCAUGAAUGGCGGGGUCACUCUGGGGCUGACCAUCGAGCCAAGGUCUGGGACCUCCAGCCCUCAGUCCCCGGUGUUCAUGCGGCACACUCUUGAUAAUUCCCCCGCGUCCAGCUGUGACACCAGCGAUACAGAAACCUCCUCGCUUCCUGUGAACAGUGCAGCUGCUCUGAAGAGACGGUCCUCACAGAAGACAUCCCCAAAUCGAGGUCAUGUUCUUCGGAAAGCCAAGGAAUGGGAAAUGAAGACUGGCACCUAGACAAUAUUUUCGUUUUUUAAUAUAUAUAUAUAUAUAUAUAUAUAUAUAUAUAUAUAUAUAUAUAUAUAUAUAUAUAUAUAUAUAUAUAUAUAUUUAUAUGCAAAAGUUAUGAGUUGAAUGACUGAAAACAAGAAUGCAAUUCCUCCUGAUCCUUUUUAAAAAUGCCAAACAUAUUUAAAAAACAAUACCAAUAAAAUUUAAGUUCAUCUGUUAGAGGACCAAAAUUUGUAUGCAUAUGUAUGCAAAUUAGAAAAAAUAGUUAUUUAUUUGUAAAUGUUUAAGUAAAUAUUACGUUGCCUUUAUUAUUUAUAUUGAUUUAUAUUUAAUGCUUUUUCAAAUCGGGCCUCCCAGUGAACAUAUUAUAGUACAGUUUAAUAGAAAGUUAUUUUAGUGCUGUAAAUCACAUAACCGGUUGGUUUCUUACCAUAUAAAGUGUAUUGUAAAAUCUCUGAAUCGGUAAUAAAAAAAAAAAGUGUUAUGCAUGUAUAGAUUUACAUGCAGUUAUUUAAAAAAUAGUGAUAUAUAAAGGUGUAGUACCAAAUGUGAUACAUUUGAUUCACAUGUUUCAUUAAUUUUAGUACCAGGUAUACUAUCCCUUUAAAUCUCAUGGUUUGUGUUUUGUUUCAACAUUCAGAAACAGGUCUUUGUUGAAGCUUUUUUUAAAAAAAUUAUUUUACAGUAUUUAAGAUUGUAUGUCAUAUUAUGGAAAAGAUAGUGGGCUCUAUGUACUAAUAUUACUUGCGUGUUCGUAAGUUCUUCGAAUUCGUAGCCUCCGUCCUUCGUAGAAUUUUUGCGUGCGAUGUACUAAGCAGUUCUUUUUCGUGAACAACUGCUGUAAUAUCGCCGCAAGUUUACGAACAGCAUAAAUUACUGCUCAUUAUACAGGAGAGAUCAGAGUUUGCAUCUCAUUAUAAAUAGAUUCGCAACUUCCUUCUGGCAAAGAUAAAUGAUUGGUAUAGUGAAUAGAAAGUUGCAGGCAAAUAUAAUAGGAUCGAGCUGUGGCUUCUGCAGACUCCGACCUUGAUGCAACUAUGGAACCGGCCAAAAAAAAAAGGAAAACAAACUUCCACAAAGACGAAACUGACCUGUUAGUGAAAUGGAAAAAAAGUCAGGAAA